ACUUUAACCUCAUUAUAUCAACCCUUAUCUAAGUGAAUAACUCUAUAUUCAUAAAGCAAUAUAAAGCUCCUUGGUGGAGCUGAGAAGCUUCUUGAAGAACACUAGUCAGGCAUAUUAUGAAAGUUUACUUUCACUGUUUCUGAAGACAAAGAAGCACAGGAACUACAGCAUGGGAAGAAAAUCUCUGUGCCUUCUGAUUGUGGGAGUUUUUGUGGCAUACUACAUUUAUAUACCUCUCCCAGAUAAUUUUGAGGAGCCAGGAAGAAUGAUAUGGGUGAAUACAUACUUGAAAACUUUCGCACAUUUGGCUACAUUUAUUGAGCUGCUGGGACUAUAUCAUUUUAUGGAGUCCUUUAUGAUUUUCAUGAGCUUGGAUGAAGUCCCACCAACCUCAGAUGAAAAUGUCACUGUGACUGAGACACAAUUCAACAACAUUCCUGUUCGCGUAUAUGUGCCAAAGAGGAAGUCAGAAGCACUAAGAAGGGGAUUGUUUUACAUCCACGGUGGUGGCUGGUGUUUGGGAAGUGCUGCUUUACAUAAUUAUGACUUGCUGUCAAGAUGGACAGCAGAGAGACUUGAUGCUGUCGUCAUAUCCACCAACUACAGAUUAGCACCUAGGUAUCAUUUCCCAAUUCAAUUUGAAGAUGUAUAUGAUGCUUUACGGUGGUUCUUACGUACAGAAGUGCUGGCAAAAUACGGCGUGAACCCGGAAAGAAUUGGUAUUUCUGGAGAUAGUGCAGGAGGGAAUUUAGCUGCAGCAGUGACGCAACAGCUCUUAGAUGACCCAGAUGUCAAGAUCAAACUCAAGAUCCAAGUUCUAAUUUAUCCUGCCCUUCAGCCUCUUGAUUUUGAUUUACCCUCGUAUCGGGAAAACUCACACUUUCCAGUUCUCUCCAAAUCACUCAUGGUCAGGUUCUGGAGUGAAUAUUUCACUACAGAUAGAUCACUUGAGAAAGCUAUGCUUUCCAACCAACACAUACCUGUGGAAUCCAGUCAUCUCUUCAAGUUUGUUAAUUGGAGUUCCUUGCUCCCUGAGAAGUUUGUAAAAGGACAUGUUUAUAACAAUCCAAUUUAUGGGAGGUCUGAGCUGGCUAAAAAAUAUCCAGGGUUCCUGGAUGUGCGGGCAGCCCCGCUGUUGGCUGAUGACAGCAAAUUACGUGGUUUACCCCUGACCUAUGUCAUCACUUGUCAAAAUGAUGUCUUAAGAGAUGAUGGAGUCAUGUAUGUCACCCGCCUUCAGAAUGCUGGAGUUCGAGUGACCCAUAACCACAUUGAGGAUGGAUUUCAUGGAGCAUUUUCAUUUCUAGAAUUUAAAAUUAGUUCCAGGAUCAUAAAUCAGUAUAUUAUUUGGCUAAGGGAAAAUCUAUAGUGAAAUCUGUAUCCACAAUAUAUUCUUUAAAAAAAAAAAUGAAUCUCUCAAAACAUCAGAAAAUCCACGUUAGCUUUGGUCUUUCUUGAAAUGACCUUCUUACGGUCCACAUGUAUCACAAUAAUUUUUAGAAUAAGUAGUCACUAUUCUGUUUUUAUUUCUUACUUUGAGGGAUUUCAUUCAAUUUCCACAUUAUCUAUCUGCUAUUUUUAACAAUCUAAGAGUUUUUUUCUCUUAGAUUGUUAAUUCCAUUUCAGUGUGUUAGCUACUAUUUACAAUUGUGAGAGUAUAGCAUAAGCAUAUAUUACCUUUUAGAGUAAUGUGAAUAUUUUAAUCAAUGUAUAUUUAAGCUCUGAAACACUCCUGAUCACAGAUAUGAGUUUAGUGCUUUCUAAAAGCAUUUGCCACAAAACAAUGCCAUUAUAUUACCACUGUAAAUUUCUGUUGAAAAACUUCUAGAAAUCAGGUACCAGGUGCUAAACCUUUUCAAUAUUAAAAAUUACUAUGGCACUUUCAGAAAUUAGCUGUUUUUUUAUUUGAGGAAAGGUAGACAAACUGAAGUUUGUUCAAAACAGAAUAAUUUAAUCUGUUAAAGCCCAUCUUGCCACUGCAGAGAGCAAGCCCAAAUAAAAUGGAAUGUGUUUCAUGGCAGGGCAGAAUUGUUUGCAUUGUCCUUCAGCUAUGUAGUGUAUUCUAAUUAUGAAACACAGCCAUGGGCUGACUUCAGGUGACACAGGAGCCCCAGGAUAUCAUCAGGGACCAGAGCUACUCUAUCUUUGCACUUUCUCCCCCUCAGUGUCUGAGUGUAUGUUCAUGCUCAUAGUCAUUGCACUUUGAUUACCACUGGAAUGUUCUAUUUAGGAAAAGAUGAGAUAUGACAAAAGAGCUAUGUUAGAGGCAAUUUCAUCUUACAAAAAUGGGAGUGAUUCUAGAAACUCCAAUCAAGAGACUUCUUAUAUUUCAUUUAGAAAUUUUAUACUUAGGCAAAUUAUAUUUUCUUACUAGGAACUAGUGCAAAAUGCCACAACCAUCCAUAGUAGUAACUUGUUAAAAAGCAAAUGAGAGAUGAUGCUUUUCUGAGUAUAUAUAGAGAGUUGUGGUCUAAUAUCAAAUGUAACAAAUGGACGUGUAAAUUGGAUGAUGGUCCCAAGUCAAUCAUUCUGUACAAACAAAAGAUGUGUUGGACUCUUUGAAAUAAACUCUUAAAUUUAUG